UCGGCGUCCAACAUGGCGGGAGGGUAUCGCCGUUUGUUUUGCUAAAAGUGCGUGGGAAAUAAAACUCCUUCGGACCAAAUGGCCGGGGCAACUGUUCGCCAGUGCGCCGAAAAAGUUCGUUAUGGCGGUCAGACGGAAAGAGACAGUGACUGUGAAUCAGCAGCAUCGAGUUUCAGCAGCUCCGACUACUCUGAUGACUUGGAGCCAGAGUGGCUGGAUGACAUUCAGAAGAAUGGCGAGCUUUUCUACUUGGAGCUGAGCGAGGGCGAAGAGGAGGCUGCGCUGGCCCAGGCGAAUGCCAAUCAAGGUGUAUCCACUAAUCACGUUCGCUUUAGCGAAAAGGAAGCGGAGAUCAUCACAGAGCAAAACAAGAAGCAGCGAUGCGGUUCACGGACGAAAGGUGUGCCCGCUCUCAAGAGGCUAGCCAGGAUCCUGAGGCGAAAACGCCGGCCAUCUCAGCGCAGAGGAGGAGGGAAGGAUGGGGGUAAAGACAGCUCGACUUUAUCACCACCAGCAUCCAUCCUGAAGAACCAGGCAGGCCAAAGGCAGGGUGUGACUGUUCAGCAGCAGCAGCUCAAGGAAGUAUGUGUCUACCUCAACCCAAAACGUCUCGGAGGUUCAUCAACACCUCUCUCUGACAGCGGAGGUCUGCUGGAGGCUCUGCUGGGGGUGGUACAUCGUCCCUCAUGGAACAGAGGACAGGGAGACCCUGUCAGACAGGAAGAAAGACUGACUGUUCAUGGAUUAAUACCCAACAGCCCGGCCAUCAAAUGUGGCCAAAUCCUGAUAGGUGAUGUGCUUGUAGCAGUGGACGAUGUGGACGUGACCUCAGAAAACAUCGAGAGGGUUCUGUCCUGCAUCCCAGGACCAACACAGGUGAGGCUGACCUUGGAGACGAUAGCUCCAGUGGACGGCAGCAAUGCUAGUGACAGUUCAUCAGCCCGAAAGACAAAGUCCUCCCCACCAGUCAGCCAGCUGGUGCGUCUGCUGUGGGGGGAGGACACGGCGGAGCUCCAGAUGUCAAUAGGACACAUCCCGCAUAUCGUCAUGUACCUGUCACUGAAACUGGAUUCUGCAUCGCCGCAGGAGGAGGAGGAGAUCUUAUACCAGUACCCGGUGUCUGAAGCAUCCAGCCAGCUGAAAGGAGUGAGGGGGAUCUUCCUCACUCUGUGUGACAUGCUGGAAAAUGUCACAGGUGGGAGGAUCAUCAGUUCAUCUCUCCUGCUCGGGAAACAUCUGGUACACGUGGGCUACUGGAAGGAAAGCAACAAUCUGCUGGUCAUUGGUCUUCCUGCUGAGAGGGUUCCACUGCUGUAUCUGCAGACGGUGGUGGGAGACGUGGUCCGAACACUAAAAGUGAUGUACGGCUCUUUAGACAGUGCGUUCUGUAAGGUGGACCACGGUCCCAAAUUGGACCAUUUCUUCUGCCUGUUCUUCCAGCAGCUCAUCCAGCCGUCUCGUCUGAGGGACGGCUCCUCAGCCCCAACCCCGGAUGUCUCAGGGACACUUUUCCUCGACGGGCUGCCAGCGGUGCGAUGGCUCACGCUGCCUCCGGAAAUCAAGAUGGAGGUGGAUACUGUUCUUUCUGAUUUUGAGUCUUCUGAUUUUGGCGAAAUGUCCGAGGACUUUUUUGGCCUGAGGCGCCUCUAUGUUGUUCUUGGCUCCUGUUUAUUCUACAAGUCCUACCUGAUCGCCAACCACCUUCCUAAAGAGGACCUGCUGGAUGUGUGCCUCUACUGCCAGCACUACUGCCUGCUGCCGCUGGCGUCUGAGCAGCGCGUGGGUCAGCUGGUCAUCUGGAGGGAGGUGUUUCCCCAGCAGAGAGCUAACGGCAGCAGCAGCAGCACUGCACCGGGCUACAGCCAGCCACAGGGACGACACUUCCUUCUCAUAGUGGGGCUGAGGCACUUCAUGCAGUGUGUGCUGUUAGAGGCAGGCGGCUGUGCUUCACCAGCUUUGGACUCCCCUGGACCUGACUGUGUUUACGUGGAUCAGGUGAAGGCCACCCUGUUGCAGCUGGAGGUGUUGGAGGCAGGUAUUGAAGAGCGGCUGAAUGCUCCACCUGCUCCCUGCCUCUCCUGUGCCGACUGGUUCCUCCCUGCCGCCACAGCCCGCGACCGUCUGGACAGCCUGGCCUCGUCCUCCCCUGUCUUCAGUAAACUGGCCGGAGCAGUUAAGGGCUCCACAUCAGGAUCCAGAGGCCGCAGCCUGUUCGGGGACAAGUCCCGGAGGUCCAGCCCCCAGAGGAGUUUAUCGGACAGUGGGAGCGAGGGACAGAUGGAUGCUGGGUCAGGGUCCAGUUCUUCGGUGGCUCCAGGCUUCAGUCCACAUUCCACCCCGGACUCAGCGAGGAAGCUGGGGGGGCGACGGGAUUCUCUGGGGUCUGGAGGGUCUGAUGGAAGUGGAGGCAGUGGAGGUCUCUUCAAGAUUCCGAGGAUGAAGCACCCAAACCCCUUCUACCUGGGUACCCUAAAGAAGACCCUGACUGAGAGGGAGACAGAGGAGAUGUAUAACACCAUGAAAUUAACCUCAGGUGCUGAGAACACCUUGUUCCACUACGUCCUGAUGGAAACUGUUCAGGGAAUCUUCAUCGCUCCUUCUCACAGAGAAAUGGCUCAGCUCAGCGGCUCCAUUCACCCACAGCUCAUCCGCAACUUCCACCACUGCUGUCUCUCCAUACGGGCUGCGUUUCAGCAGAGCCUGCCAGCCAGGGGUCAUCGGGCAGCAGACAGGCCUCAGGGCGGUGGUUGGGGUCUGGGCCCUGUGAAAGAACACGGGGUCCUGUUUCAGUGUAAACCGGAGAACUGGACCGACCAGAGGAAACCUGCUCCCACCAUGACUUACUGGGUCAUAGGACGGAUGUUGCUCGAGCCCGUCCCUCAGGAAUUCUACGUGUGUUUUCAUGACUCGGUGGCAGAGGUUCCCGUAGAGAUGGCCUUCAGGCUCUCCUUCGGUCUGGCCUUGUGAUGCGUCAUCUCUCUUUAGAUUAGUGACGAUGAUGGAGGUUUCGUGACCUAACGAAGCAUCAGUUGCAUUCUCAGGACUUUUAUGCUAGUUUCUGUGGGAUAAUGUAAAAUGGGUCUGCGUGGAGUCGGACUCUUACAAUGUGCCUCCGUUUUACAGAUGAUUUUCUGCAGAUUGCAGCAGAGCAUGACCACGGCCUUACAGCGGAGAUAAGCAAAUAGCAGGCCGACUGCUGGCCUCAAGUUCAAACCAGGAUUUGUGCCUUGUUGUUCAACCAGGGAACAUGUUCCACAGCAAAAGCAGUUCUGGGCAGAACAGAGAUGUGUUUGUGUAUAUGAAAAGCCACUCAAUCGGUGAAUACCUCAGACACGGUGUAAACCUCUGAUGAGAGCAGACAAGACCUUCCAGUGAGAGCAGUCGCCCUGACAGUUUGCUGCCAUAAAGUUUACGAUGUGCUGCACACAUCUCCAUGCUGACAGAGGAAAAUAUGGUUGUAUUCAAAUUGUAUGCAGUGUUGGG